AUGAAACUGGCUGAGGCCAUACAUACUUUUAUAGACGGUGAACUACAACUCCCGCUGUCCUUUGCGGGUAAGCGGCGGCUUGUCCAGGAACUGAGCUGGGAAAAAGGCCUCGGACAGGAAGUGGGAUCUCGGUCUGUAAAUAUCACAAUAUUCGGGGGGGGCUUGCUGUGUGUUUUAUACAAUAUAGUGUGUGUAAUAGUGUAUUCAUUCUCUGUGUGUGUAAUAGUGUAUUCAUUCUCUGUGUGUGUGUGUGUGUAAUAGUGUAUUCAUUGUGUGUGUGUGUGUGUGUGUGUAAUAGUGUAUUCAUUCUGUGUGUGUGUGUGUGUGUGUGUAAUAGUGUAUUCAUUCUCUGUGUGUGUGUGUAAUAGUGUAUUCAUUCUCUGUGUGUGUGUAAUAGUGUAUUCAUUGUGUGUGUGUGUGUGUGUGUGUGUGUAAUAGUGUAUUCAUUCUCUGUGUGUGUGUGUGUGUGUGUAAUAGUGUAUAAUCAUUCUGUGUGUGUGUGUGUAAUAGUGUAUUCAUUCUCUGUGUGUGUGUGUGUGUGUAAUAGUGUAUUCAUUCUCUGUGUGUGUGUAAUAGUGUAUUCAUUCUCUCUGUGUGUGUGUGUGUGUGUAAUAGUGUAUUCAUUCUCUGUGUGUGUGUAAUAGUGUAUUCAUUGUGUGUGUGUGUAAUAGUGUAUUCAUUCUCUGUGUGUGUGUAAUAGUGUAUUCAUUGUGUGUGUGUGUAAUAGUGUAUUCAUUCUCUGUGUGUGUGUAAUAGUGUAUUCAUUCUCUGUGUGUGUGUAAUAGUGUAUUCAUUCUCUGUGUGUGUGUAAUAGUGUAUUCAUUGUGUGUGUGUGUAAUAGUGUAUUCAUUCUCUGUGUGUGUGUAAUAGUGUGUGUGUGUGUGUGUGUGUGUAAUAGUGUAUUCAUUCUCUCUGUGUGUGUGUGUGUGUGUGUGUGUGUAAUAGUGUAUUCAUUGUGUGUGUGUGUGUAAUAGUGUAUAAUCAUUCUGUGUGUGUGUGUGUAAUAGUGUAUAAUCAUUCUGUGUGUGUGUGUGUGUAAUAGUGUAUAAUCAUUCUGUGUGUGUGUACUGUUAGUCUUUAUAAUCAGCGAUACAAUGUUUAUUUUAUCUGUUACAUUGUAUAUAGUGUGUGUGUACUGUCAUACAAUAUAGUGUGUGUCAAUGGGAAAUGCUUCAAAGGUUUUUCUUCUUUUUUUUUUCUUCUUUUUGUUUAAUAGCCGCCUUUUGAAUCAACGGCGAAAGUAGAUGUGAGGCAGAACUUGAUGGAUACAUUUCUCAUUUCAGUCUCUGUAACUGUAAAGAAGUCACAAUAGAUUGACUUAUUAGUGCUGCUAGUUAAAUGCCCAGUAUGUUUAGGAUUUUUAUUUUUGGUAAUCCUACCCUUAAUCGUAUGCUUACAGAUACUCUAACCCAGGAUUAAGCCUUACCCUUCACUAAGAACCCUACACCGACCCUAACUCAGAGGAAUUCCCUCUGCUAACUUCAGUACUCACAUCGGCAGAAAUAUUUACCAGCUCAUCCAGUACAGAGCACUCUGUGAGAUUGCAGCAUGAGAGGGAGAUCUCCUUCAUGCGGUCCCUGUUGCUCACAUAUUGAUCCGUGCUGGACAGCAGGCACACCCCAGACCUGAUCACUGUCAGCAGGGGGCAUGCAGGGAGGGUGUCUACCAUUUUAGUAGAACAUGAUAUAAUCACUUUGGGACAGAAUUGGUCAGUCCUGGUGGUCACUUUGAGCCCUGGAGACCCUAUAUUUGGCCUCAGCUGACAGAGGGGCAUUAUUGAUUGAUACCUGGUUCUCCUCAGUGCGAGCAAGGAUUUAACCCUACUCAUAUCAAAACUGCAGGACAUUCCAUGCCAUCCUAACUGCUUUAGAGAAAUUAUUUGUGUGCCGAUAUUUUCCGCUCUAACUACGUGAAGGGGUUAUUCCAAGAGAUUCACUUAUUCCUGCCAUCUAUUUAUCCAUGUUAAGCUCUUGGCAGAGCCGCAUUUUGCGCAUGGGCAGUCUGCAGUUCAGCUCUCUCUCAUGGGAGGAAUUGUGCAAACAAUUAUGAUUUUGGAAAGAGUCUAAGUAAAGGACCACUAUAGGCACCCAGACCACUUCAGCUCAAUGAAGUGGUCUGGGUGCCAGGUCCCCCUAGUUUUAGCCCUGCAGCUGUAAACAUAGCAGUUUCAGAGAACUUGCUAUGUUUACAUUGAGGGUUAAUCCAGCAUUGAAAAUCGCAUUGAACUCACGCUGGAUGUCCAUAGGAAAGCAUUGAGUAAUGCUUUCCUAUGGGCACUUUGAACGCGUGCGUGGCUUUCGAAGCUGACAUCGGCAGGGGGUGGCAUAGGUCACCAGCGCAGAGGGAGCCCGGCGCUGGAUUAAGGUAAGUAGCUGAAAGGGUUUUAACCCCUUCAGUCCAGCGGGAGGUGGGUUCCGAGGGAGGGACCUAAUAACCCGAUAGUGCCAGGAAAACAAGUUUGUAUUCCUGGCACUAUAGUGCUCCUUUAAGGUGUAUUGCAAAAUUUACUUUAGUUUUAACUAUAUUAUAUUUGAAGUAUUGUUUACAGAGCUAAUUUUACAACUGGAGACUUUGUUGCCAAUCUGGCCUCUGUUUAUGCCAGUGGCAAGUAGCCUUUUUUAUUAACGUUAACAUCUGUUUUGAAUAAAAACAGCGAGGGUUCUCUACAAAGAGCACUUCUAGUGCAAAGUCCUGAAAACCAAAUGGAGCAGUUGCCAUGGACACCAUUAUGCUGACGUUGUUAAGUAGAAUCUUGUCCCAGAAUUCAUUGUUAUGAAGUUGGAAAUGUCAUAGAAAUAAAGUCACCAUGUAGCUGGGACACAGGCUUCUUUUGAACAAUAUCUGUGGUUUACACUUGAGGGCCAUUCUUUUACUUGACAGUGUUUGGACUUUCUCAUUCCUUGACUGUUGUGCCAGCUGGGAGUCUGCUUGAGUGAACCAUACCAUCGGGUUAUAUGUAUUUGUGUAGUGAACCAUACCACGCAUAGAACUAACUUGGGAACUACAUUUCACAAUGCCUAGUCAGACUAAUGCAUUUCACUAACACCUGCUGUCGAGAACACAUUUUGCUUUUGCUUUACCAAUUAUUGGUAAAAACACAGACCUGAUUUGCCGGUAAUUUCAAAUAGUCAUUAUUUCUGUAAUAACGGACUGUCUUUAUUUAUUUCAGUAUGCACGAACAUAGACUCAUUGGAAGAUCACAUCUGCUGCUAUUCCUCACAUUUGUGGCCAAACUGAGAGGUGACAUUUAA